CUUGCCAGCACGACGGUACGCGCAACAGUUGCGUUGGGACGAGGAACAAGUACGAAUCGUCGCGCGCGCGCGAGCGCGGGCGGUCGAUACCGUUGUUUACGAUCAUUGAAAAGUGCGUCCGCCCGAGUCAAAGUUGCGGUAACGUCGGUUUAAACCUUUGAGAAUUCUCCGAAGAAGAACCGCAAUUUCAAAUGCGGUCCGAUACGCUCCGCGUUGCCAUGGAAACUCGCGCGAAUCACUUCAGCAUCGAACUCAGCAUACUCAGGUAAACAACGUGGUUGCUGCGGAUACUUCGCCAAGAUGACCGAGACGCGAUUGUCGUUGGGUAUUAAUCUGAGUCUUUUUAUGAUAAUCGCGAUAUUCGGCGUACUUCUGUCGAUGCCGUUGCGAUUGUUGUUCGAGGCGAAUUACUCGGCUCAAAGUCAGAAGAAAGACGAGCGCAAUGUCACUGAUUUGGAGAAAGACAAGGAACCUCUGGUACUGAUGGAUUAUCGAAAAUUGAAACGCUGUCCAAAUUUGCAAUACGAGAGUCGCUUGAUGUCCGUCUUCGUCAGCGAUUACGACAAAAAUUGCACGUACGUGCAAGACGACUACGAUGAUGAUGAUGAUGACGACGACGAUGAUGACGAUGAUGAUGACAGCGACUCUGAAGAGGAAGAAAAUAACAGAGAGAAGGAUGCGGACGAUGAGAUCUGCGUGCCCAAGAGGGACAUCGCCGAAGUGAAAGAAAACGCUGAAGAGAUCUUGAAAACACGUCAGAUGAAGUCCGUCACGGUGGCAGGCCACAUACUCGUGACGAUGCUGGUCGUAUCAGUAAUAGCUGCUCUCGUUGAAGUACUGCGAAUACGCUUCGCCAGGGAAAAAGAUUCGUCUAGGGCAGGCACGAUUACCUCGAGGAGGAGAUGCUCCUCCAGCGUGGACCUUCCCGUCACAAGACGUCCCAUUUCAAGAGAAUUAAUUAGGAGUCAAAUGUCCUUUGAGAUGCCUGGAAUGCACCGUCCUCCUUUGCGUCUGUUAGGAGCGCGGCCGCCUCCGCUCAUUCGUCGCUCUUCGUUUCCAAUACCACAAGCGAAGCAAGCAGCCACCUCGUCUUUUUGCGGUACGCCGAACAUGCGGCGUCAAUCGGCUGAAUCGGACGAAGAAGUCGUCGCCAAUGCUCUUCAUCAUCGCAUCCGUCUGAUCCGACGCCAUUAAAAAGACGGCACGAGAAUACAUAUAUCUUACUCUCAUUUUCAGAUGAUGGAACUCUUUGCAUCCGCAUCAGUGACAACGCUAACAGGGUAUACGCGUCUUUAGCCGAAUGGUGAUACGCAACGCGCAACAAUCAUGUCCAAUGUCCUUUGUAAAUGCUCGUCGAAGUCUUCCGCUCAGGCACAGAUUCACAGUUGUAUCUUCCAGUUGCAUCCUUUAGGCGGCUUCAAUAGUGCUCCAUCUCCAAGGACGCUUUUUGUUAUAUCACGCUAUCGAUUAAGUUCUGCUUUCUAACCGAGCGAUAUUUUGCGCUAUAAUGAAGUAAUUGAGAAGAAUUGACACACAAAUUCGAUAAUUUAAAAUAUAAUUAUACAGCAGAUCACACGGUGGAAAGCUGAAUUGCCAUAACACAUAUAUUACGUCUCUUAUCUACGCUUGUAAACAAUUUCUAUUUACAUUGUUUACAAACAAUACAGAAGAAAUUUGCAAUUAAUAACUUAUCGAUGUGUGUGAUAAUUUAUGUAUCUCUUCUGCAAUCUUAUUGUCGCUAUAUAAAAACUACACAGUGUUCUUUCCAAGAGAUGUUCUAUUGUGGAGAUACGCACAUGCACGUUAAAAAAAAAAACUUAUUCUUCUAUAUAUAAAAUCAACGAUAACAAAAUUUUUGGCUUAAAAUUAAGACGAGUGCAAACAAUUUGUAUUUUUUAAAAUAAUGUUUUUCUGACAUUUUUCUCGUGACAUUCUUUGCAUGAAAUGAUCAAAUAAAAUAAAUAAAUGUAUUUUCAAAUUAAAACAGUACAACGAUUGAACGUCCUUAUUCUUGUGUGUACAACUUCUAUCAUUUUCUUAAGAGAUUUCCAGAAAAAUUAUAUAAAUUAUAUAUAUAAACGAACGUGUUGUUUCUUGUGAAAGUUAUAACAAUGAACUAUAUUUAUGUCACAUAUAUAUAUAAAAAUACAGAUAAACGUAUAUUGUACUGUGGUUUCGCAAAGAGACUGCAAAUAAUUUUGAAAAUAGUAUUUUUAUGUAUUUUCAUAAUUGAGAGAUGUAUAAUUGUGCUUCUGUACUAACGAGUCCCUGAAACCUAUAAUCCUGUGAUCAUCUUUCUUCCGUAUAUGAUGCGUACAAAAUACAAGUACCGAUUAUGGAAUAUAUAUAUAUAUAUAUAUAUACAUAUAUAUGUACGUUAUACGUUUUCAAAAACUGUGAUACGCUUUCUCACGUUUGUGUCAUUGCAUAAAACAUGUUGAAAACAAAGAAAAUAUAUUCAAAGAAGAUAUAUUCAUUCUAACAACAUAAACAAAGAAAAUAUAUUCAUUCUAAAGAA